UUAUACGUAAACCUACAGGCUUGGGUACCUGUCGGUGUUAGCUUUGUCUGAGAGGCAGUGGAUUUGUUCAGAGUGAAGGAACAUGCAUCUUGUCCGGGCUGUCACUUUGCUCCUCUUGCACGGUCUGUGCGCCCACUCGGCAGUCAUCACAGAAGGGGGUUACCCCAUCCUGUGGGACAAGGUGCCUGAGCGCAUUAGCCAACAGCCACCGGACAAUGGGAUGCUUGUCGUUCAGCCCUGGGACUAUUUGCAAAGGAUGAGUUUGCUUAAGUGGAUUUUGAAUGCCACAGAUGACUACAUGACAUCCAUGGGGCCUGGGCCAAAUGAAAACCCCUUGUGGAACUUGCCGCUUCAGCUCAGCUGGUUGUACAAGUCAGGCCGACUCGCUGACCCUACUGAUGGUACCACAUGUGGGCACGAAAGUGGCGAUUCCACGUGUAUUUCACCACACAGCUGGUGGGCAUGUAUGAAUUAUUACCUGUCAGUCAUUCCAUUCCUGGCUGCUGUAGAAACGGGCACUCUUGGGCAAGGCCUCACUUCCCAGGUUGAGGCCCUUACUGGUGUGGAACAGGACUACUGCACCUCCUACUCUGACUGUUACGUGAAGCAUACGGAGCUGAUGGAGAAAUGGAACACCUUUUACCAGGGCCUUAAGAAUUUGAGCACAUCCGAACUUCCCGAUUCUGAGAAAAAAGAACAGAUUCUGACUCUCAUGUGGGAUGCUGAGGUGUCCUCGCUGCACACGUCAUCCCAGUGCAGUGACCUGAGGAAGCACUACUCCAACCCCGAGCAGAAGUUCAGUCGCAUCUGGGUUGACAGCACAGAGUUCAUGGCUGCCACGCAUCUGCAGUCCAGUCUUGAUAAGGCAGCUCCUCUGUUGAUUCCACUUCCUGGCCGUGUGCUGAAGGAGGAUGACAGUCCACCCAAUAUUGCAGAUCUAAGCGAAGCAGAGAACCAUGCCCUCUACAUCUUCUACUGGAUGGAAUCUAUGAAUUCUGUUCUGGAAGGAGUCUUGAAGACUAUGUGGCGCAGUGCCAUGUGCUCUAUACCAGCUCGGGAGAAAGGACAGGCGGUCCUGCGCGACCUGGUCCUCGAGCCCAAAUUUGCAGUUGCUGGACUCAUGUCUAUCAUGAAAGACAUGACUUCAACCUGCUCUCUCCCUAUGAGCUGACCACACUCCAGUACUGCAGAACAUCAUCAUUUGCAUGGUACAUCAAAUGAACAACAUUUCAGUGGUGAAAUAUGGAAAUAAAAUUUGAUUUCCACAUUU